GACAGAUAAAAUUCUAGAAAUGAUGCCAGCUUGCCUUGGUUUUGUUUUGACAACAAUAUUAUGUGUUUUAGCAGAUUCAUUAUACUUUGGAUCAUUAAUUAUCACUUUUGACAAUAAUGCAUUGAUUAAAGAACACAUUUUUAUAUUAUUGAAUAAUCCCAUGAGAAUUCUUGAAAUUGGUUGGAAGGGUAAACUAUUGUUUACCCCAUUAAAUAAUUUAGCAUAUAAUAUUAAUUCAGACAAUUUAGCAGAACAUGGUAUCCACCCUCGAUAUCUUCACAUUCUAAAUUUUGUGUUACUUUUUGGUCCACUUGUUUUAUUGACAAUGAAAGAUCUUAAUGCAAGUUUUACAUACAUGAGAUUUAAGGCUAAAAGUAAAUAUAAAACUG